UACCAUUGGGUCAGAGAGCCGCCGCUCGGGCCGGGAUGGGGGCGGGCCGUUGCCAGGGCGCGGUGACGGGAUGUUGCUACGGGCGGCGCGGGGGGCGCGCGGCCUGGCGGGGAGGGGACGGGAGGAACAGCAGCGCAGAGCCCCCCACCCCAGCACCGUCUGUGGCCAUCAGAAGCAUUCGGACACCCCGGGAAGCGACUGCCAGACGGGAACCCCCCAGGGUGAGGGGGAAACCAUGCCGAGGGCUGAGUCCCCCUAUCCGCACCCCCCUGAGCUCCCGCCGCCCACCAACUGCUGCAUGAGCGGCUGCCACAACUGCGUCUGGAUCGAGUACGUGGAGCAGCUGCUGCGGCACUAUGGGGACGGCGGGGAGCGGGCACUGGCAGCUGUGGAGCAGCACAUUCAGGACGAGAGCAUUAAAGCAGUCCUGAAGCUGGAGAUCAGGCUGCGCAUGGGGACGGACUGAGCCCUAUCCACGCCCCGAAAACUGGCGAGGAACUUCCCGCUGUGCUCAGGGAGUGGGACGAGAGGAUUGGGACACAGUUUAUUUGUGGGGUUUUGGAUGUUGGCUUGUGAGGGCGGGAUUUAGUUACGGUGUUUGUUUGCAUCAGACUGGAGGGAUUCACCGAGCACUUGCACCCCAUGUGUAGCCCCAGUGUCGAUGAUGGAGGAGUGGUGUCACUGCUCGGUGCUUCUAUACCCAGGACUGAAAAUCCCUGCUAAGGGCAGGGUCCUUCCCACUGCUCCUGCCUCGUCCUUGCAGCAUGACAGCAGCCUGGUGACGGAGAUGGGCUGUGGUGUCACAGCGUCCUCCCCACGCUUUGCUAAGCCUCUUAGGGGCUUCUCUGUGGCUGUUGUCCGGAGGGGCUGGGGCUUUUCCCAGCCCCUUCCCAAUGCUGUAGGAUUUGCUGGGUGCAGGGGAGAGCGUGCAGCUGGAGCACGUGGGCCAUGCAAUGUCCCAUCAAGGGCAGCUCCUCGCAGUGCUGCUUCUUCCUCACUCAUCUCUGGCUUAAAACUCCUUAAACUUCACCUUGAGGCGUCACCUCACCAAAUCCUGCUCGACUGAGCACAGCCUCAGCCUGAUGACACACAGUGUCCCUGCAGAACCUUGCCCCAUCCUGCUGGGACAAGCUCAGCCGCUGCACUGGGUGCUACCGAGAGUGGCUCCUGAGUGGUAUUUGCUAACAAAGCUCAGUCUGGAAGUAUUAAUUAACAACAGGGCACUGGCUCUUGCUGUAGAAGAGGCCGGUUCCGCCGGCUUCGUAUGAAACACCUCUGGAUCCAUGUAAUCCUAUUUGCUGAAAUCUAACUAAUUGCCAUUAGUGGAAGGGGCUGAAGUUCAAUUAAAGUGUGCUGAGAUUAUA